CAGGACGCCGGAGGAGGAGCCCGGAUCCGCCCGGCCCCGGGAAACCAGGUGGCAGCAGCAGCACCAUGGGGAAGCGUUACUUCUGCGACUACUGCGACCGCUCCUUCCAGGACAGCCUCCACAACCGCAAGAAGCACCUGAACGGGCUGCAGCACCUCAAGGCCAAGAAGGUCUGGUACGACACGUUCCGAGAUGCAGCCACCAUCCUAGUGGACGAACAGAACAAGCGGCCCUGCUGGAAGUUUCUACUGAUAGGCCAGUGCGACUUCGGGUCCAAGUGCCGAUUUUCCCACUUGUCUGGCAGAGACCUGCAGGAGCUGAGCCGCCAGGUGGAAGAGGAGAGGCGGGCCAAGGAGUGGCCGAUGGACAUCGGGGAGCUGCCUGAGGUCCAUCUGGAAGACUGGUUGGAGAAGAGGGCCAAGCGGCUGAGCUCGGCUCCAAGCAGCAGGGCCGAACCCACCAGGACCACUGUCUUCCAGUACCCCCUGGGCUGGCCACCAAUCCAGGAGCUGCCCCCCUCUCUGCGGGCCCCUCCACCCGGGGGCUGGCCCCUGCAGCCCAGUGUGCAGUGGGGCUGAGCCCCUUGACCCUGCCUGGCUCCCACUGUCAGCUUCUCACCGGUCACAGCGAAGAGGAGUGGGCAGCCCCCACAGGGCCUCUGCUGCAGCCCGGGACCCCCGUGGGCCGCAGCCCCAGCCCCGGCCCUGAGACAGGACGCACAUAACCCUCCCUCCCACCUGCCUCCUGCCAUUUGUUUUUACAUAAAGAGUCUCUCAGCCCGUG